UGGGUGAGUUUGAUCGUCACUUUCGCGUUUCUCCGUCUGUUCCGAAUCUUUUGGGUUUCAGUAUUGUACACCAACUGUUCGACGAAAUAUCUUAGAGAAAUUUCGUCCUGAAUCAUUUAGCUCACUUGUUGCAAGAAUUGUAGCUUGAAGAUAACGAUUUUGAAGAUGAGUUCUACUGUUUGGUGGGAAGGAGCUGAGAAGACACGAGUUCUUAUCGCUCCAGAUUCAGGUUGUGGUGGAAACAAACCCGGAGAACUAUUAAAACUUCGCCAUCCAAAAUCAGAAAAUGGAACAUGCUACCUUUUUAGUAAUGGGAUGCUUCAAGAACUUCAGUGGUUUAAGCAAUCAUAUGGUUCUUGGCUCCUAGGAGAUUACAUUUCUGAAGAUGGAAGCUUAUAUAUGGCCACCCCAGUUGAUCCUGUUUUCAUCUUGUUGCCUAUUUUCGACGAAGCAAGAAUGAAGAAAGGUGAAGAUCUUGGAAAGUUCAGGCAACUCGAUGAGAUUUUAUUUUUGGAAGGAUAUCCUGGAUAUCAACAAUUGUUGUCAGUUGCAGAGAAGUGUAUGGAAAUCGUUUGUCAAACUCAAGAGGUUGGAUCUAUGAAAUUCUAUCGCCUUGAUAACUCGAAAGUUUUAGCUUGGUUAAGCUGUAAGGUGUACUGUUUAAAGAAGACACUACCAGAAUUGGACAAGAACUAUGCAGCUCAAGAUGAGAAGCAAACAUUGGUAGAUGCCGUUUCAAUUGUGGGAGAGUACCUGAAGACAGAGCCUUGGUUGAAGCUUCUCUAUGACCAUCUUGGACUGGAGUUUGUUGACCCGACAAUGAAAGAAACAAAUAUGGAGAAUCUUUCUACUACAAAUGAGAAUACCACGGCAUCCUCAAAUUCAUUACAGGAGAAAGCAAAAAAGAAGCCUGGAAAACAGACAAAGCAAGCAAAGGUAGAGACUGGAUCAAAGAACAUAAGGGAUAUGUUUUCAAGGGCUUGUAAGAAAAAAUGCUGAAUGUUAUAAAAUCGGUUACAGUAGCCAACUCUUUAUGAUUGUAUUUUUGCCAACUCUUUAUGAUUAUUUUUUUCAGCUAUCAGAUGAUAUUUGCUUAGCUAGCAUUAGCAAUAUCUAAAACAAAGACCAACUCACAAAUGUUUAUUGCUAACCAAUGUGGUGAUCGUAACAAUUACAACAAUAUGACAACUUACAACGA